AUGAUGAGGAAGCAAAGUAAGACUAGGUAUGAGAUAUUAAGAGUCCUUAUGAAGGAGGCAGGUGUCCAAUUGGUUCACCUGCUCCGCCUACUCCACCCCCAAAACCAUCUUCAACAGGUUCUAAUUCCACCCAAAACCAUCUUCAACAGCUCCCCGCGUUCAAAGCUGCCUCCACACUUCUUCACCACCGACCCUUCUCCGUUCUACGCCUACAGACCUCCGAUCAACGGCGUACCAGCUAUAGUCUCGUCUUCUCCGAUCUCCCGGGUGAUCCGGGAAGGGACCAAUCCAAAUGGUGCUGAGCAUCUAUUAGAUUAG